AUGGAGCACCGUGAGCUCCUGGUCGCGCUAUCUACAGCCACAGCUGCUGCUGCACAAGCUGCUGCCACGGCCCAACGAGCACCCCCGCAAAACAUUCUAACGCUCCACAACAUCGACUUUGACAUGAUGCUCGCUCAAGACGAGUAUGACGCUUGGUUUCGUCGUCAUCUUCGCUGUAGCCAAGCGUCAUUUCGAGCCAUCUGCUCCAUUCUUCGUGGCGUUUUACAAGGUUACACUGUCGACGCAUACAACAAACUACACGGAUUCGAGAAGAAGGUCGCUAUGCUGCUACAUUUUCUGGCAACUGGAACGGGCUACAGAGGUACUGCGCUUGCGCUGGGCGUAUCACCCUCUUGGGCAAGUGAAGUGAUCGGUCUUUUGUGCAAGGAGAUUCGGAAGGCGCGCAAGACCUUCAUACACCUCCCGCGCACUGCAGCUCAGUGGAAAGAUGUUGAGCGUGGUUUCCGCGCGACGAGAGGGUUUUCAGGCGUCGUCGGUGCGGUUGACGGCUCUGUCUUUGUGAUUAAUAGGCCUGCUGACUAA